UUAUUAUAUUAUUUUUCAACUCUUAUUUCGUUUUCCUUUGUUUAGUCCCAAAAGCCCAAAGCCCCAAACCCUAACCCUAAUCUCUGCCUAAUAAUCUCCUUCGACCUUGACCGGCACCAUUGUCCCCCUUCCUCUUUGUUUUCGGUACCAAUACCCAAUCGAAUGAAGCUUUCUCGGUAGUCUCAGAAUCCUGUCAAGUAUCUUUGCUAGGACCAUCGUUCAAAUUCUUCCUAGAGCGUUUUCACCAAUAAUGCAGCCUCCUCCUUUGCCAGUCCCGCAAGGAGCCUUGUCGAGUUCCGCAAGUUUUUCUUUUACUCCAAAUCCUCAGUUGGUUCAGAAUGCUCAAAUUCAACCUUCUAAAUCUGAUACGCUAGCUACUGGUACACAAGCUAUGGCUGCAUCAUCUCCAUCCACUGUUUCUCAGUCUGGGCCAUUGCCUGUUCAUAACUCUUCAGAGUUUACAAUGAAUGCAUCUACUACUCCCAGUUUUGCCCCUGUAACUUCAAGGAUGCCCACAACUCCUCCUUUUCCUAUGUCUAGCGGAUCUUCUGGAACUUCAGGGACACCUGGACACCCUGGAUCAAUACCAUCUAUUCAGAUGAUUACUGCUUCUGCUGCUGUGGAUUCUCCCUCUUCUGCAGUUCCUGGACCUGGUGCACCUGUUUCAUUAAAUCCUGCUGUUCAGCAACAAGUAUACCCUCCCUAUACAUCCUUACCUUCUAUGGUUUCUUCUCCUCAAGGGUAUUGGAUGCAACAUCCUCCAAUGGGUGGUUUUCCAAGGCCUCCAUUUGUGCCUUAUCCUACUGUUUAUCCUGGACCUUUUCCUUCAACAUCAAGUGGCAUGCCUCUUCCUGCACCAUCAUCUGAUUCUCAACCUCCUGGUGUUAGACCUCUGGGAAUGAGUCCAUUUGCACCAUCUGCUGCUGCUCUGGCUAACCAGUCAUUGGCAAUCCUGACAGGAUUUCCUCCUCAAGGAAUUGAUAAUAGGAAACUUGUCCAUGAUGUUACCACCAAAGUUGAAUCUGCUGGCAAUGAACAAUCUGAUGUCUGGACUGCCCACAAGACUGACACUGGGGUUGUUUAUUACUAUAACGCAUUAACAGGAGAGUCGACUUAUGAAAAACCUGCUGGAUUUAAAGGGGAGCCUGAUCAAGUUACCGUGCAGCCAACUCCAGUUUCAGUGGAGCAAUUGGCAGGAACAGAUUGGGCACUAGUUACCACAAAUGAUGGGAAAAAAUAUUACUACAACAGCAAAACCAAGAUUAGUAGCUGGCAGAUCCCUAAUGAAGUAACGGAGCUGAGAAAGAAACAAGAUAGUGAAGUAUCGAAGGAGAAUGCAGUGUCCGUACCAAAUAUUGAUGUAGUGGCAGAAAAAGGAUCUACUCCAAUAAGUUUGAGUGCUCCUGCUGUUAACACAGGUGGUCGUGAUGCCAUGCCUUUAAGAACAUCUGUGGUGCCAGGUUCCUCAUCUGCAUUGGAUUUAAUUAAGAAGAAGUUGCAGGACCCUGGAGUUCCUUCUUCCUCACCUGUUCCGGUUGUGCCAGUAACAGCAACACAUGAAUUAAAUGGCUCAAGAGCAGUUGAUGUUAAGGGCUUGCAAAGCGAGAGCAACAAAGAUAAACUAAAAGAUGCAAAUGGGGAUGGUAGCAUAUCUGAUUCCUCUUCAGAUUCUGAGGAUGCAGACAGUGGGCCUUCUAAGGAAGAGUGUAUCAUGCAAUUUAAGGAAAUGCUUAAAGAACGGGGAGUUGCACCAUUCUCAAAAUGGGAAAAGGAACUGCCAAAGAUAGUGUUUGAUCCACGUUUUAAGGCAAUUCCAAGUCAUUCUGCUAGGAGGUCCUUGUUUGAACAUUAUGUUAAGACACGUGCUGAGGAGGAACGCAAAGAAAAGCGAGCUGCUCAGAAGGCUGCAAUAGAGGGAUUUAAGCAGUUGCUGGAUGAAGCAUCAGAGGAUAUUGAUCAUGAUACCAAUUAUCAGACUUUCAAAAGAAAAUGGGGAAGUGAUCCACGAUUUGAGGCUUUGGACCGUAAGGAUCGGGAGCUUCUAUUAAAUGAAAGGGUUCUUCUUUUGAAGAGGGCUGCUGAAGAAAAGGCUCGAGCUAUACGUGCUGCUGCUGCUUCUAGUUUUAAGUCCAUGCUUAAAGAGAAAGGAGAUAUCAAUGUAAAUUCCCGUUGGUCCAGGGUGAAGGAUAGCUUAAGGGAUGAUCCUAGGUAUAAGUGUGUUAAGCAUGAGGAUCGAGAGGUUUUGUUCAAUGAGUACAUAUCUGAACUAAAGGCCAUAGAAGAGAAAGCAGAGAGAAAAGACAAAGUGAAAAAGGAGGAGGAGGAGAAACUGAAGGAAAGAGAGCGAGAGUUGCGGAAAAGGAAAGAGAGAGAAGAACAAGAAAUGGAAAGGGUGCGACUAAAAGUUCGCAGGAAGGAGGCGGUUGCAUCUUUUCAAGCUUUGCUUGUGGAAACAAUUAAAGAUCCCCAGGCAUCCUGGACAGAGUCAAAGCCUAAGUUGGAAAAGGAUCCUCAGGGACGUGCAGCGAAUCCUGAUCUGGAUUCAUCUGAUAUGGAGAAGCUCUUCCGUGAGCACAUAAAGAUGCUAUUUGAGAGAUGUGUGAACGACUUCAGAGCUCUGUUAGCAGAAGUCAUAACUCAAGAUGCAACUGCUCAAGAGACAGAAGGUGGUAAAACAGCCCUUAAUUCAUGGUCAACUGCCAAACGUCUUCUGAAGCCCGAUCCAAGGUAUAACAAGAUGCCAAGAAAAGAGAGGGAAGCGCUGUGGCGUCGAUACGCAGAGGAUAUGUUGCGAAAACAGAAGUCGGCAUUAGAUCAGGAGGAAGAGAAACACACUGAUGUGAAAGGCAGAAGCUCUGGUGGUGAUUUUGGAAGAUAUUCGUCAGGUACAAGGAGAACUCAUGAACGUAGAUAGUUCGUUUUGUUGGGAAACUAGGCAUUUGUAGAAGUUACUGAUUUUUAAUAUGUAUACAUAUAUAAUGAGUUAGGCUCUGAUUUAGUUUCCCCCUAUGCUAUUUCCCGUUGAAGGAAAAUGGGUUUAACCCAUGUAUUUAUUUAUUAGAUAAUCCAUCCAUUGAUUUCUAAUAUUGCGUAAAAUGUUUACAGUUUCACUAAUCAGAAUUUGUAUCUGAGAUCCUUGAGUUA